UUUCUCUGCCUGGCUGCGCUCGUGCUCACGGGUUCUCUUUUUCUCCCUGAGCGGUAGCUACAGCUCGACUUCUCCCGGUGCGAAGUUACGUCGAGAGCCAGCAACGAGACGUUAUGUAAAUAUUGGUAGGAACAAUGGAUAAGGAACGUGGCUGGCUGUGGAGCGCAGCAGGCCUGGAUCCUGCACUCCAACACCAGGGCUGAGGAGCUGCAGAAGACUGAGGAGGCUGCCCAGCCCAUACCUGAAUAUCGGGCACAGACCUCACCGUCCUGGCCUCUGUCAGGCCUCUGUCAGGCCUUCUUCUUGUCUUUCUCACAGUCCUCUUUUCAUCCAGACUGUCAGCGCGUAGUUGCGUCUUGAACUAAUCUGAAAUUUAAGAAGCUGAUACAUUUUUAGCCACUAUGAGGAACACCAGAUCGAACCUACUGCUGGGCUGCGUGCUCCUCUGCUCAGCCUCCCUGCUCUACCUGGGCAUGAGCGGGAUAGAGUGCCCUCCAAAAAGCCAUCGGUACCGCUGGAUGGAGCUCAACCUGGGCUCAACCAAUCAGAGCUUAUCUCUGACUGAACACUUCCCUGAAGACACACCCCUCAUCUUCAUUGGCGGAUUUCCCCGGAGUGGCACUACGCUGAUGCGCGUCAUGCUGGAUGCCCACGGUCAUGUGCGGUGUGGGGAAGAGACCCGUGUGAUUCCCCGCCUCUUGGCCAUGCGGGCCACCUGGAGCCGCUCCGUGAAGGAGAGGAUACGACUGGACGAGGCUGGCGUCACGGACCUGGUGUUGGAUUCAGCCGUGCGAGCAUUCCUGUUGGAGGUGAUAGUCGGUCACGGGGAGCCUGCACUUCGCCUUUGCAACAAGGACCCGUUCGCCUUGAAGUCUCUCUCAUAUCUGUCACGCAUCUUCCCCAAAGCCAAGUUUGUGCUCAUGCUACGAGACGGACGGGCAACCGUCCACUCCAUGAUCUCACGCAAGGUGACCAUCUCUGGCUUUGACCUGAACAGCUACAGGGACUGUCUGACCAAGUGGAGCAGCGCAGUGGAGACCAUGUACAGCCAGUGCCAGGCGGCCGGGGAGUCCAGAUGUUUGCCUGUGCGCUAUGAGCAGCUGGUCCUCCACGCAGAGGAGGAAAUGAGGAAGUUGCUUCAGUUCCUAGAGCUGCAGUGGGACCCAUCAGUGUUGCACCAUGAGGAGCUGAUAGGCAAAGCUGGUGGCGUGUCUCUGUCUAAGGUGGAGCGCUCCACAGACCAGGUGAUGAAGCCAGUGAACACAGAUGCACUUUCCAAGUGGGUCGGGCACAUCCCCUCUGACGUGUUGAGCGACAUGGCUGAAAUCGCCCCGAUGCUCGCUCGCCUGGGCUACGACCCCCACGCCAACCCGCCCGACUACACAAAACCAGAUCCCAUGGCAUCUCCAUUCAACUACUCACAGAGUUCAAAAGCAACAGAGAUUCCACACCCUAGUUAAACGAAAGAGGAAAAAUGUCGUAAUCCCGUCUUCGCUGUUCCACCGUACGGAUGCUUCUUAAACACGGGACUUCCAGCCCAGCAUUUCUUACAUCUCACAGGAAGUGUUCCAUGUAUAUUUGUGAACUGUUUGUAAGACUCGUGUGCGGUAUUAAUGUCUGUACACAGGUGGAGUGUUUUCAUCGGGGCAGUUUAUAUCUCAACUCUAACAGUGAACCGACAGUAUGACACUGAAUUUUGACGCGUCCUCUCACUUCAAACCUGAAAGUAUUUCAACAUGUCUGUAAGUUGUUGUUAUUCACCACAAAUGUGAACAAAUCUUUCUCUUACUGAGAGUUCAGUCAGUGUUCAUGAAGCAUAAUGACUGUAUAUUUUUGAAGACGUAUGUUUAUUUUCUUAAUAAAUUAUUUUGGUGUCGACCAUUCAUCAGGAAUCUAAAGUUGCUACUCUGAACUGAGGCUUUUUAAUUGUUGUAUAUUGUUGAACAUUAAUAAAAAGAGCCUAAAUGUUACAUUUCUA